AUGGGGGUAUUGAAUCAUUUUUUCUUUUUGUUAUUUCUGUAUAUUAACAGUACGAGUGCUUUCAAUAAUCCUCAAGAGGAGUUUAUGGACAGAUUUGAUAUAAAUAAGAAUCAUGUGAAUAUAAAAUGGUCAAAAUAUGGGAUACAUGGAAAUGGGAAAUUCAAAUAUGAAAUUGGAGAAAGAGACAUUAUUUCAAAAGGGAAUGAAUCCGAAAAAUUGACUAUUUGUCCAAAUCAUAUAAAAGAAGGGACUUACAAAUUGGGUUGUCCUGAUUAUGGGAAAACGUUUUUGAUGGGUUUUGAGGAUAAAAAAUAUAGUGAAGAGUUUUUAAAUGAAAUAAGUUUUGGUUUUUUGAAUAAAAAAUAUAAUCUUCCUAUAGAAAUUCCUUUGAACAAAAGUGGAUUAUCUAUGUACCAAGGUCUCUUUAAACAUUGUCCUUAUAAUAAGAAACAUUAUAGUAUGAUAAAAAAAGAAAAUGGAUAUGAUAUGUGUUUUCGUAAAUUUUAUAACAAUAGUAAUAUAUCCACAAGGAUAUAUAAACGAGGUAAACAAAAGAGAAAAAUCAUAUAUUUUAGCUCACAUGGUCUUGGAGGACGAUUAGGUGCUAAUAUUGAAGAACCUUUACAUAAAUAUGAUUAUGAUGAACACUAUGUAACUAAAAAAAUGAGAUAUCCAGAAAAUAUAAAAAAUUUGUUUGAUUGUUCUAUAUAUUCUCAUUGUAUAGGACCCUGUCUCUACAAAGAUUUUAAUAAUAGAUGCUUUCUUAAUUUACCAGUUCUUUUUAAUCAUCAAACAAAUGAAUGUGUAAUUAUAGGAACACAUGAAGAAAGGAGAAUUCAUAACUGUCAAAGUGAAAGUACUGAUAAGACAAUACAGAGAUGUUUUCAUCCUGUGAAAAAGGAAAAAGGUAACCAAUGGACCUAUGCUUCAUCCUUCAUACGUACAGAUUAUAUGACAAAAUGUCCACCAAGGUUCCCAUUAAAUCAUACUAUGUUUGGAUAUUUUAAUUAUAGUACUGGAGAAUGUGAAACCGAUUAUAGGAAUUAUGAAAAACGUACUUUAUCAUUUUCAAAAUGUAUUGAAAAAUUAUUUAAUAAUAUUAAGAAACAGGAUGAUAUGAAUAAUAGUUCAUUUUUAUGGGGAGUUUGGAAUAUGGAAAAUAAAACAAAUGAAAAAACAAUAUUAACAUCUAUGAAUAAUACAGGAUCAUGCUACUUUUUAAAGACAAAGCCAACAUGUGUAGUGGAAAAGGAAAAUCAUUUUUCUUUUACUAUUUUAACGGCAAAUUCAUUUAAUCUAGAUAAAAAUAUAAUAUAUCCUAAAAUAAAAAAUAAUUCUUCUAAUCUGGAUGCUAGUUUAAUUAAUUUCAAAAAUCCAGAGCAAACAAAUAAAAGAGUUCUAUAUGAAAAUAAUAAAAAAUCAAAAAGAAAUGUAAGAACAAAUAUGAAUCCUGUCAAUGCAUUUACAAUACCUUCAAAUUUAGAUACAAAGGAGAAGGAAGAAUAUAAUAUGAAGGAAGUAAAAAAUUAUCCUAACAAUAAUGUAUCAUAUAUACAAAAAGUUCAUUCAUCCUUUAUAAAGAAUAGGUUUAAAUUAAAUUCAGAUAGUUCGUUUAAACCAAUACAUCAAAUGAUACAAAUGAAUAUAUCUACAGAUAAUAAAUUAUAUGAUUAUAAUAAUCAAAAAAGUAAAGAUUCAAAUAAAAAUAUGAAUGGAAUAUCAGUAACUGAAAGAAAUCCAUUUAUGAGAGAAAAUCAAAAUAUAAACCCACAAAGGAAUUAUAUGGAAAGAUUUGAUAUUCCGAAUAAUCAUAUAUUCAUAGAAUGGCAAAAGGAAGGUGAAUAUGGAAAGGACGAAUUUAAAUAUAAUAUUAUAUCAAAUAAAACAGCAGGUACGAGUCAAUCAUUAUUCUAUAAUUAUAAAGACAAAAAAUGUCCAAAUCAUGUAUAUGAAGGGAGAGCACAUGGUAGUUGUCCGAAUUAUGGUAAAGCUAUUAUUGUACAAAAUCUUCAAGGUGAAGAAUAUGAUAAGAAUUUUAAUUUGAACUUUUUAAAUGAAAUACGUACAGGAUACCUUAACAAAUAUUUUAAGAAUGAUGUUGAAAUAUCUUAUGAAGAUAGUGGAAUAGCUAUGCAUAAUAACAUGCUAUCAACUUGUCCAGUUCAUGAAAAUGAAGAAAAAUUAUUUUCUGAGAAAACAGAUUAUAAUUAUAAUAUGUGUAAAUCUAGAAUAUUUUCAAAUCGUUUUACGAUGAAGGAAUAUGACCCCAAAACACAAUUGUUUAUGUAUUAUGGUUUGUAUGGUUUAGGUGGACGAUUAGGUGCUAAUAUUAAACGAGACAAACAGAAAGACAAAAAAUAUCAAGAUAAUAUAACAUUACCUAUGAAAAAUCCAUCACUAAUUAAGAAUUUGUUCGACUGCUCUAUAUAUUCUUAUUGUUUGGGUCCUUGUUUAGAAAAUUCAUUUGGUAAUAAGUGUUUCCGUAAUUUGCCUGCUUAUUAUAAUCAUUCAACAAAUGAAUGUGUUAUAUUGGGUACGCACGAACAAGAAAGAUCAAGUUCGUGUAGAAGAACGAUAGAAGAAAAAAAAAAACCUAAUUGUCAGAUAUUAAGAAAAACAAAUGAUUCAAAAGAUUGGACUUAUGUUUCUUCAUUUAUCAGACCUGAUUAUGAAACAAAAUGUCCACCUAGAUUUCCUUUAAAAUCAAAGGUUUUUGGUACGUUUGACCGAAAAACAGGAAAAUGUAAAAGUCUCUUGGAUGAGGCAUAUGUAGUUGGAAUUAAUAAUUUUUCUGAAUGUUUAGAAUAUUUAUUUUUAACAUCACCUAAGGAUUUAUAUAAUAGCCAAAGAAAUAAAUAUUGGGGUAUUUGGGCAGCAGAACAUUCUGUUAAUGAAAAUAAUAUUGACAUAGCAAAUGGUAAAUGUUAUCAUUUAGUUAUAAAGCCAACAUGUAUCAUAGAUAAGGAGAACCAUUUUUCUUUUACUGCACUUACAGCAAAUACUGUUGAUUUUAACCAAACGAUUAAUAUAAGAAAAAUUGAAGAAUUAACUGACUAUGGAAACAAAGAUGAUAAACUAAAAGAAAAGGAAAUUAAUAAUAAACCUAUUGAUAAUGUGAAGCAACCAAAAGAUAAUAGGAAAAGUCAUGUAAAUUCUAUGGGAAAAAAUAAGCCCUCUUAUAAUGAAAAUGAUGAUAAGGAAAAUGAAUAUGAAAGCAUGGAAAAAAAUCUUGAAGAUGAAAUAAAUUCUGAAGAAUCUGGAUUAUUUGAGGAAGCUCGAAGAGCAGGGGUUCGAAAGAACGUGGAAAAUGACAAUAAAAAUGAGAAAGAUAAAUUGGAUGAGAUAAAAAAAGAAAAGCAAUUAAAAGAGGAAGAGGAGGCAAGGAAGGUAGAAACAAGAAGAAGAGAAGACGAAUCAAAAAAAAAGGAAGAUACAAGAAGAUAUGAAGAUGAAAGGAGGAUAGAAGCAGCAAGAAGAUAUGAUGAUGCAAAGAGGAUAGAAGCAGCAAGAAGAUAUGAAGAUGAAAGGAGGAUAGAAGCAGCAAGAAGAUAUGAUGAUGCAAAAAGGAUAGAAGCAGCAAGAAGAUAUGAAGAUGAAAGGAGGAUAGAAGAAGCAAAAAGAGCUGAAGAAAUAAGAAAAGCCGAAGAUUUAAGAAAGGAAGAAGAAGUAAGAAAGGCAGAAGAAAUAAGAAAAUUCGAGGAAGCACGAAUGGCACAUUUUGCUAGAAGACAAGCAGCAAUCAAAGCUGAAGAAAAAAAAAGGGAUGAUGAAUUAAAAAAAGCUGAAGAAAAAAAAAGGGAUGAUGAAUUAAAAAAAGCUGAAGAAGCAAGAAAGGCAAUAAAAGAAAGAAAUGCAGAAGAAAUAAGAAAAUUCGAGGAAGCAAGAAUGGCGCAUUUUGCUAGAAGACAAGACGCAAUCAAAGCUGAAGCAAAAAGAAAGGCCGAUGAGUUAAAAAAAGCUGAAGAAAAAAGAAAGGCCGAUGAGUUAAAAAAAGCUGAAGCAAAGAAAAAGGCUGAUGAGUUAAAAAAAGUUGAAGCAAAGAAAAAGGCUGAUGAAUUAAAAAAAGCUGAAGAAAGAAAAAAGGCUGAUGAAUUAAAAAAAUCUGAAGAAAGAAAAAAGGCUGAAGAAAAAAAAAGAGAAGAAGAAAGGAGAAAUAAUAUGCAGUUAAGAAGAGCCGAGAUACUUAAACAAAUACAGAAAAAGAGAAUAGAAGAUGUAAUGAAAUUAUAUGAAGAAGAAAAAAAGGCUGAACAACUUAAAAAAGAAGAAGAAGAAAAAAAAAAGGCUGAACAACUUAAAAAAGAAGAAGAAGAAAAACGAAAGGCUGAACAACUUAAAAUAGAAGAAGAAAAAAGAAAGGCUGAAAAACUUAAAAAAGAAGAAGAAGAAAAAAAAAAAGCCGAACAACGUAAAAAAGAUGAAGAAGAAAAAAUAAUAAAGGCUGAACAGCUUAAAAAAGAAGAAGAAGAAAAAAGAAAGACUGAACAACUUAAAGCAGAAGAAGAAAAAAAAAGAAAGAUUGAAGAACUUAAAGCAGAAGAAGAAAAAAUAAUAAAGGCUGAACAACUUAAAAAAGAAGAAGAAGAAAAAAGAAAGGCUGAACAACUUAAAAUAGAAGAAGAAGAAAAAAGAAAGGCUGAACAACUUAGAAAAGAAGAAGAAAAAAAAGCGGAAGAUUUAAGAAAAGAAAAAGAAGCUGUAAUAGAAGAAGAGUUAAGAAAAGAAGAUGAAAAAAGAAGAAUGGAAGUAGAAAAAAAAUAUAUAGAUACAAAAGAAGAUAAUUUUGAAAAUAUCAAAGAAUCCAAUAGAAAAAAUACACCAAAUAUUAAUAAAGAAAUAUUCGGUUCGGAAAUAAAAGAAAUUGUUAUUACAAAAAAUAUGCAGUUAAAGGAAGAAGAUUCUUUUGAAAAGCAUAAUUCUGAAAAUUCUAAGAAUUCCAAUAAAAAUGUAGAUUACCCAAAAGAAAAAGAUUUAUCAGAAGAUGAUAUAGGAAAUGUAUUAGAAACAUAUGAAAAUCAGAAAAUAAAUAAGGAUGAUACUGAAGGAUCGAAUAAUAGCAUUGCAGGAAAUAAUAAUGAUAUAAACUAUACGAAACUAGAUGUGGAAGAAUAUAAAAAAAGGGAUGUUAAAGAAACAAGGGAAAAAAUUAUAAAAAUAUCAAAAACGAAUAUGUGUAAUAAUGAUUUUUCAUCAAAAUAUUGUGAUUAUAUGAAAGAUAGUAUUUCAUCAGGUACAUGUUCUAAUGAAGAAAGAAAAAAUUUAUGUUGUUCCAUUUCUGAUUUUUGCUUACAAUACUUUGAUCAUAAUUCAAAUAAAUAUUAUGAUUGUACCAAAAAAGAAUUUGCUGAUCCUUUAUAUAGAUGUUUUAAAAAAAAAGAAUUUUCAAACAUGGUUUAUUUUGCUGGAGCAGGAAUAGUACUGAUACUCCUGUUUGUCAUUGGUUCAAAAAUAAUCAUAGGAAAGUGGUUUGAAGAAGCUACAUUCGAUGAAAUGGAUUUAAAUUAUGAUAAAAUAUAUACACUAGCAAUGAUAAAUAAUGAAGAAACUGAAGUAAACAAUCCUUUAAAUUAUUCUGCAGAAAACACAAUAAAAUGA